CAAGUGUCGAGAAGAUCUAAGAGAAACAAAAACAUGACUUUCGAAGAGGACAGAAAACACAGCAGCAGAGUGGGUUGAUUGAAGCCCAAGGAACUUCAGUUAGUUGCUAAGACGAAAUAAAGCCAAGGAAUAGUACUCAGAACUGGCAGUGUGCUUGUUGUGGAGUGUUUGUAAAGAACCCGCGCGAGCAUUGUAGCACCGCUGACGAAAUAUUGACACAGUUUGCAAUGUGGUUUCUCAACCAAGAACUGGAUACUGUUGAUGAAGCAGCUGCCGAGUCUGUGCCUAGCAGAGUACCGUUACUGGUUGGCAAGCAGUACACCAUUGGACGACGAGAUGCCAGCAUUCUGCUGCAGGGUGAUCAGAGUAUCAGCAGACUGCAUGCCACCGUCAAUGUAGUCGCUCAGGUCGGCGAUAAGCCUGCCCAUAUUUUACUUGUGGAUCACUCUAAGUUCGGCACGUUUGUGGAUGAUGUGCGUAUACCACGCAAGACACCCACCCAUGUUGCUGAUGGGUCACUCAUCAAGUUUGGCAUGGUCAAGAACCUUUUCAGAGUACAACAGUCUAUGAUCGUGACAACAUCCAACAUGACUGGGGAGGCAAAGGCGGCAGUGACAAAGGCAGUUGCUGGCUUAGGUGGACGUAGUGUACCGCGCUGGUCACCAAUGUGCGACUUUCUCAUUAUGAGCGGGGUGACGGUCACCAUCAAGGUGGUGGAGGCACUGGCUGCCUGCAAGCCCAUUGUAGUACCGGAGUAUUUCCAGACGUUCGAUAGCUGUGCUGAGAAUUGCCAGCGCUGCCCUAACCCGACUGAUUACCUUCCCAGUGUGUCGGAUGAGAGCUUGAAAGAUCUAGACAAGGUAGCGUUUGCCGUCAAGUACUCCCGCCGAACGCUGUUCAAGGACAAAACGUUCUUCUUUCUGACCGAGCGCCAGUACGCUGAGCUGAAACAGGCAGUUCAUUUGGCUGGUGGUAAGGCCAUUCUCAUGAAGUCAAAACCAGCAGAUGGAAACCUGAGCGUGCUGGUUGCGGAUAAUGCCUGUGUGUUGCUGCCUCGCACUAAGGAAGCAUGGGGACUUGAAGUUAGCAACUUUCUUGAGCAGCAUGGCCUGCGUGGUGUAGAGAGCUCCGAGCUGGGCUUUGCUCUGGUUUACAACAAAGUGCAGUCGUACGCCAACCCCAAGGCACCUCCGACCGUGAACUCUCAGUAUUCUCAAUCGCACCGCGGCAAUAGCCAGGCAGUGCGGCAGACAAGCAGGGUCUCUGCUUCGCAGUCGUUAGCAACCACAGCAGCCAUGGGAACAACAGCCUUGCCACCGCCAUCCCAAUCACUGGCCAUGCCGCGGCCCGUAGUUGCCGACCAACAGCCAAGCCUGUCGCAGGAUAGAAUCACGUCGCAGGUUCCCACGACGGUUGCAACGGACACUGCAGCUGGCGGCAGACUCAAAACUAAAGCAGUUGAAAGCAAGGCGAAUGUGUCUGCGACAUCAGCUACCAUGUCGAAACCUGCAGCACAGCCACGGAUAGACACGGUUGCAACCCACAAUGUGCAGCAGCGCUCGCCAAGGAAACAAGAGGAUGUCGCAAAAACUUCCCCCGUCCCAUCGCCAGUGUCAUCACCAUGCAAAGUAGCAACACCAGUAAAGCCAGGCACAAGUCGGCAUGACAACGUGGCUGUAAAACCCGAGCCAGCAACCCCGACGCCGUUUCAACAUGGGAAACGCUCACAUCGCUCAACAGUCCAAGACAGCCCGGACAACGAGCCGAAGAGCAAGCGAGCCCGACCGUCCUCGCCCGUACGUGCAGUGCGUUCUCGGCGAACACGUGACGUCAGUCCCGAAUCGUUGUCGUCCUCACCUCCACCUGCUCAGCCCAGUGCCGGAGACACGAAGCCGAAGGUCGAGGGUAGUGCAAGCACAGCCGCCGCUCAGCCUGGCUAUGGCCUUUCCCAGUCGCAGGCAUCGUAUGUGGGCGGUGGGGAUCGCACUUCCAAGUUCACAGCACAGAUCGAAGUCCACGAUGACCUGCCGAAGAACCUCAUGCUGACGCACACGGCAUCUCUGGUGAGCCGCAAGACUACAGUCCGUAGCAAUGAACACAACGACUCCACAGCUGCUGCCGCUGCUGGUCGUGCUAUCAACUUCAAGAAAUUCAGAAAGAUGUGGCCGCUAACAGGCACUCUGCCGCCGAUGCACGCCAGAAUGCCCCGCAUCAUCGGCGGCGAAGAGCUGUUUGUGCACACGAGUGCUUUCCGCGAACUGGACGAGUUUCUCAUGCAAGAACAGGAGGCCAAUGCUGAGAUGCGACGGCAGGAUGAAUUUGCAGCUGAGCUUUUCCGGAGUGAUUCUGUGAAAGGCAAGCAGCAGCAACAGCGGCGUGGGCGCAGAUAGAGCAUCAGCCAUAGAGAUAGCAGCAGCAUCAGAAUGAUCACCAGCAUCAGCCAUGAGAGUUUAUAUAAAUACUUUGGUGUGUUUCUUUUGUUUGGUGAGUUAAAAUACUUGAAAUACACAUUGAAGUAUAAAAAGCAUACGAAAUUUCAAGACAAUGAAUAUUUGGCACAAGGUGUUGUGAAUAACGUAAGAUCUACCUAGUUUGCUACCACAUGAAAUCCACAUUAGCUGAAGAGCCAGCCAUUGUUCCCUACAUCAUUCUAACAAACUAGCACUGGUGAUAGUAAUUUCAUAUUUUUGCUCAAGUCGCUGUGUCUACACUAAUUCCAUCAUUUUUAACCCAUUGCCACAACUGAGAUUUUUUGGCUGUGGAAUCUAAACAAACUUCA